AAGAUUUGGAACUGGGCUCCCUGUAAGGGGAGGCUGUGCAAACCCGCCCCCUCCCCACACCCUCCUUCCGAGGGGGUGGGCAAUAGAAGAGAGGUUGGGGUUGGAGCCUCGGCAAGGGGGCCCCUCCCUUGCACCUCCCCCCACCGGACUUGGUCGCGCCCGAAGUGUAACACUUUCUCUUUGUCGAGGAGCUCCUCUGUUUCCUGUGCAGUAGCUCGCACUGCGGCGGCACCCGUGGCAGCCCUGGCGGACGCAGGAGCGAUGGCAGCGACCGAUAUAGCUCGCCAGGUGGGUGAAGGUUGCCGAACUGUCCCCCUGGCUGGACAUGUAGGGUUUGACAGCUUGCCUGACCAGCUGGUGAAUAAGUCAGUGAGCCAGGGCUUCUGCUUCAACAUCCUGUGUGUGGGAGAGACAGGUUUGGGCAAGUCCACCCUCAUGGAUACCCUGUUCAACACCAAGUUUGAGGGGGAGCCAGCCACCCACACACAGCCAGGUGUCCAGCUCCGGUCCAAUACCUAUGACCUCCAAGAGAGCAACGUGGGGCUGAAGCUCACAAUUGUUAGCACGGUGGGCUUUGGGGACCAGAUCAACAAGGAGGACAGCUACAAACCCAUCGUGGAAUUCAUCGACGCGCAGUUUGAGGCCUACUUGCAGGAGGAGCUGAAGAUCCGGAGGGUGCUGCACACGUACCAUGACUCCCGAAUCCAUGCCUGCUUGUACUUCAUUGCCCCCACAGGGCAUUCCCUGAAGUCUCUAGACCUGGUGACGAUGAAGAAGCUGGACAGUAAGGUGAACAUCAUACCCAUCAUUGCCAAAUCAGAUGCUAUUUCUAAGAGCGAGCUAACAAAGUUCAAAAUCAAAAUCACCAGCGAACUUGUCAGCAAUGGAGUCCAGAUCUAUCAGUUCCCUACAGAUGAUGAAUCGGUGGCAGAGAUCAAUGGAACCAUGAACGCACACCUACCGUUUGCUGUCAUUGGCAGCACGGAAGAACUGAAGAUAGGCAACAAGAUGAUGAAGGCACGGCAGUAUCCUUGGGGCACUGUUCAGGUUGAAAAUGAGGCCCACUGCGAUUUUGUGAAGCUGCGGGAGAUGCUGAUUCGUGUCAACAUGGAGGAUCUGCGGGAGCAGACCCACACCCGGCACUAUGAGUUGUACCGCCGCUGUAAGCUGGAGGAGAUGGGCUUCAAGGACACUGACCCUGACAGCAAACCCUUCAGUUUACAGGAGACAUAUGAGGCCAAGAGGAAUGAGUUCCUAGGGGAGCUCCAGAAAAAAGAAGAGGAGAUGAGACAGAUGUUUGUCCAGAGAGUCAAAGAGAAGGAAGCAGAGCUUAAAGAGGCAGAGAAAGAGCUGCAUGAGAAGUUUGACUGUCUAAAGAAACUGCACCAGGAUGAGAAGAAGAAGCUGGAGGACAAGAAGAAAUCUCUGGAUGAUGAAGUGAAUGCUUUCAAACAGAGAAAGACGGCGGCUGAGCUCCUCCAGUCUCAGGGUUCCCAGGCUGGAGGCUCACAGACUCUGAAAAGAGACAAAGAGAAGAAAAAUUAACUCUGCUGUUUGCUGCAUGCUGCAUGAGACCCAGGGUCCUGUAAUCCAUGGCUGUGUACUGAAUAGUAUCCCCUGCUACAGCUGGACUGGACUUCACUUAGCCUUUUAAGCGAAGGUUCCUAUUCUAACUUGACAGCUUUUCUUUGGGGUGUCAGGCAGCUGGGUCCUCCACCCCUGCUGUGUACUUCAAGCCCCACUUCUUUUUGAGUUGUGCGACUUGCUUCUGCCUCCCAGUCCCACUGGCACCGACCAUGACCUUCAUUUUUCUUUUUGAGGUUGUUUUGUGAUUACUUCCUUUUAAAACACAAAGAGGCCAUGCCAAAUUCCCAGGCCUUUUUGAAGUGUUGGGAAAGGGGAAAGCAUUACUUUCUUCAAUCAUGGAUAAUACUAGGAAGCAAAAAGUAUAAAAAGUGAAAAGCAAACAAAUGCACACACAUUCUCUUUUCUCAUCAGCAAAGCACAAAUACAGUUCUGAUACUGGUAUGUCUUGAUUGGUGCUUCGCUGCUUGGUUACUGGCCAAAGCAUAAGACAGUGUCUUGGGAAAAUCCAAGUCAACAUGGAGCAUUUGAGGAGAUCCUACGCUUGCAGGUAAAAACAAACCACCAGUACCACCAAGUCCCUCCAAAACCAAAACAAAUCUAAAAACCCUUCAGAUACUCAGCCAGUGGCUCAGAAAGUUAGGACUAUUAGGACUGUUGGAAAAGCCUCCUUGUUUGCUGUUUUGAUGUAUCUAAAUCUACCUUCCCUGAUUACCAACCAAUAAUCACCAGACCCCUAGAUAACUACUUUCAUUACAAACAGGAGGCCCCUUAUUUGUAUUUGUUUACAGAUUACUUGUGGCUUGAUGAUCUCAAAAUACUUCAAAAGUAUUAGAGCCACAUGGCUUAUGAAAGGCCUUCAGAUUUUAUAGUAAAGAAUUUUCUAUAAGAGGGAAAAAUUUUGCUCAGUAGGACAGAGUCUGCUUACUCUGUAAGAGGAAACAGGUCCACAUAAGUGAAGGGACUUGUCCAAAGCCACGCUAAAUUCCACAUUGCUAGAUACCAAAUCCAUUUCCUCAGUGGAAUCCAUCUACUUGUAUAUAUGCCUAGAAGCAAGAUCUUUUGAUGAAACCAGACAGUGAGUUGCUGGGUGUGGUGACACAUAUCACGGCUAUAAUCCCAGCCCUUGUGAGACUGAGGCAGUAGGACUACCAAACAAACAGCAACAACAACCAAAAAAAUUAAAUAGUAUUAGAGGAUCCUUGAGGAUUUUUCCCCAUAGGAAAAAAAAAAUCCAAGGAUGGGGCAGAUAGAGUUAGGCAGGGAAGGCUCCAGACCCGCUCUUUAAUUUAACGAAGUAGUACAGUUGAGAGGAGUCUCCAGGGCGCCUUCCUGUCAGUCUGGAGAGGGCCCAGGCUAAUGUGCAUUUAAUAGAUGCCCUGGGUGAUCCUUGUAGCCAGGGGAAGUUUGGUAAACAAAAAUCUAGGAUAUAAGGCCUUUAAAUGUCAAUCAGGCCUAUUAAAAUAAUCAAAGUGCUUAUUUCACUGUCUAGCUUUUCUCACUGAAGACCAAAAGGAUUUUUUUCCUUCUUCACUGAAAAGACUUUUUAAUUAGUACAGUUGUUACCAUUUUAAAAAAUACCCUAAGUUCUCUGUUUACUUUUGGUGAAACAAAACCAGUCAUUAGAAAUGGUCUGUGUUUUUAUUUUCCCUGGUUGGAAUGGUUUUACACACAUACGCACGCACACGCACACACACACACACACACACACACACACACACACCUUCAUCUCUCCCAACCCAAGAAGUUUGCUUUCUCCAGCUGCCGUUCGGAUCACUUUGUUUGUUUGUUUUAAUCAUUUGGCAUUUACAUAUGGCUGUUGAUAUGUGCUUGUUUUUAUUAAAACAAGAAGCUUUUAAA